AUGGAACACUUUUACGCGUCGGCGACGCCUGCGGCCCCGUGCCCUGUGGUGGAUGCCGCGCUGGAGACCGCCGAGCGGCUGGCGGCUGUGGACUACGAGGUGGUUCGCGUGGCCAAUCCGGGCGGCAUUCUGUGUGGAACAUACGCAGCCCGGGUCCUUAUCCUCAACGCGCGGGCGGCCGAUGCGCGAGCGCCCGGGCCGACUGACUCUGCCACGCUGCAGGCGCUGUUCUUCAAAGCCCGGCAAGCGCGAGUCCGCGGCCGCUUCGUGGUCCCAGUCAUCCCCUUCCGUGGGCGGUUCAUCUGUCGCUCGUCGACGCUCGCGUCCAAGAAAGAAGCACUCGGGCAAACCGUGCUCUUUACGGCCAAGUCGUCGCUGCGGUUUGCAAGCGCGGUGGCGACGCCCGUUGAUGAUGCGAGCGAGCUGGAGGUCGAGGGCGCAACCGCGUCGCGGACCGCCGCCACCGGCGACAUUGUCGAUCGUGCCCGCGAAGCCGACAUUGCGCUGCUUAAGGCGCUCGGGGUACGCUACGUCUGUGACCUCAUGGUCGAGGGCCGCAAGGUUAAGUGGGGCAUGUUUGUGUGCUCAUCCGAAAAGGUCGAUUCGUUCCAGCGGUACCAGCGCGCAGGCAUCUCCAUCAACGCCAUCCCCUACCCCGGCGUCGAACAUUUUGCCGCCUUUGCCGCUGCACCCGAAGCUGCCGACGAGCUUGUCUUUGACUGGAGCCACGCCGAGUGCAACUCGGUCCUUGCGCUUGAUGCUCCUCUGCCUGGGCGCGCCGCCCAUCUCUCGUGGCAGCACUACCAAUCGUGGUCGCUCGUCACCAUGACCGAAUCGUAUCUCCUUUUCAUGCUGGGCCUCCUCGACGAUCGGCACGAGCCGGCCGGCCUCCUUGUCCACUGCAUUUCGGGCUGGGAUCGCACUCCGCUCUUCAUCUCGCUCCUCCGUCUCUCGCUCUGGGCCGACGGCCUUGCUCAUGCCUCGCUCUCGCCGCAGGCCAUCCUUUACUUUACCUUAGUCUACGACUGGAUGGCCUUCUCGCACAAGCUCAGGGAUCGGGCUUCGCGCCACGAAGACAUCCUCCCGUUCUGCUUCUUCAUGCUACCACGCAUCGCCGCGCAGCACUUUGCCCUCGCGCCCGCGCCCGCGCCCGCAGCUGAUCCUGAACCAGCCGCCCCGGUGCCCGUCCCCGCCGACCUGCAAAGCCCUGCAGCGGCGUCACGCCUCCGCUCGCAUUCGGUCGAGCACAACACACUUGAUCUUGCCGCGCUGCAGUCAUCGCUCGGCUCAUGGCAGUACGUAACCCGUGAGAGUGAGCGCGGCAACGAGGCCCUGAGCCUCCGCGCCACCAAGCUCCAGGCUGUUUGCGACCUUUUUGCCGACCUCCACGCAGCAACUACACCGACGUCUGCAGCAUCUACUCCAUCGAACUGGUUCUUCGGCUCGAUCGUCGACUGGCUUUCGCCCUCGGUCUCACCGCGGGGCUCGGCCUCGGCUUCGGCAUCAACAUCGGCCUAA